AUGGUAAUAGGCAGAACAAAAGCAUAUCACUUAGCUGCAGUCAAAAAUGCGGAGUUGUUUCUCCAGUCAGUUGAAAAACCUCAGACCCAAAUCUCGGUCCUUAUGGACAGUAAGAAGGAAGUCAGUAUCAAAGAAAACAGGCACAUACUCAAGUCUGUAGCAGAGAGUGUACUAUACUGUGGUCGCCAGUGCAUUGCACUUAGAGGUACAUCUGAGAAGCAGCAUUCUACUGGCAAUCCUGGAAACUUCUUGGCCCUGAUGAAACUACUUGCAAACCAUGACGAGAAGCUGAAGCAGCACAUGGAACGGCCAAAGCUCAGAAAUGCCACCUACCUCUCGACCCAAACCCAAAAUCAGAUGAUUGACGUGAUAGGAAAGCGAAUGAUUCAGGCCCAGAUUGUGGACGAGGUCAAAAAUGCACAGAUCUAUACAGUCAUGGCUGAUGAGGUGACAUCCCAUAAUGUAGAGCUGAUGCCAUUGUGUGUAAGGUUUGUGGACAAAGACCUAAAUAUCAUGGAGGAAUUGCUGGAGAUUUGCUCUCUGCCACGAAUCACAGGCAGCAAAAAUGUCGGUGUCCAGGCUCUGAUCAAGAAGGACGCACCUAAGGCAGUGUACAAUGGGCAUUGCCUGAACCUUGUCAUUGCAUGCUCCUGUGCUCUUCUGGUUGUGCACAACAUGAUUGACAAGAUGAUGUCUACCAUCAUAUUCUUCACCUACAGCCCGAAGAGGGAACACCUACUUGUGGAGGUUGUAAAUAAGGAUGCACACUCUACCGGACAGAGGAAACCCCUGACUGACAUAUGUCGCACAAGAUGGGCAGAAAGGCAUGACGCCUACAGCCACUUUUAUUGUGGCUUUGUCUUUAUUGUUAAGGCUCUAGAAGUCAUUGCAAUUGGUCUCCAUACAGAAGAUUACAGCCAAGGUGUCACCACUGGAUGGCGGGGACAGUACAAAGCAGAGGCCUAUAGUCUCUUGUCUGGGCUCCAAAACUUCAGUUUCAUCCUGAUCUUCCUCACCAUCUUUCAAGUUUUGUCCCACCUUACAGGCAUCACAGUGAAGCUGCAAAGAACCUCAGUUGACAUCAUCGAGACAUUUAGCAUGGUAGAUGAGGUCAAGAAUAUCUACAAGGAGCAACGUGAGACAAUUGAGGAUGACUUCAACCAGAUCUACGAGCAAGCAAUCAGGAUGGCUGCUCAGGUCAAUGUGCAGCCUACCAGUCAACCACGGGCUGCUGGAAGGCAGACACACAGAGAAAAUGUACCUGCUGAAACUGUGAAGGACUACUAUCAUCGUAACAUGGCUAUACCUUUCCUAGACCAUGUCAUCUUGGAGUUUGAAUCCAGAUUUAGUCCACUAUCUGUAACCGCAUCAAGGCUCCUGGGUCUAAUUCCGUCUAUACAGUGCAACUCAGAUGUGACAGUGGACAUCUCUGAAGCAGUCCUACUUUACCAAGAUGACUUACCUUCACCAGAGCUGAUUGACCAGGAACUGAAAUGCUGGAAACUGAAGUGGCAAAACAAGUCAUCAGAACAAAGGCCAACUUCAUGUGCUGAGGCAAUCAAUAAAUGUGAUGUGCUGAUCUACCCAAACGUCUUCAAGCUUCUCAAAAUAGCUUGUACUCUGCCAGUCACCUCAUGUGAAUGUGAACGGUCAGCCAGCACUCUCCGGAGACUGAACACAUUCAUGCGUAGCAGCAUGGGAGAGGACCGCUUGUCAUCCUUGACCCUCAUCCAUACACACUAUGACAUGGAAGUCAACCUGGAUGAAGCUGUGAACAUAUUCUCCAAAUUGUACCCAAGCAGAUUGGAACUGACCAGUGUUCUCAUUUCAUAA